CUUCCCAUAACAUUACUCAAGGCAUCGUGCAACAUGCCAAUGUUAGUUGAACUAAAAAGUGGCGAAACUUAUAACGGUCAUCUAGUGGCAUGCGAUGAUUGGAUGAACAUUCAUUUAAAGGAAGUUAUAUGCACGUCAAAGUAUCUCCGGAUCCCUGAUGACGUCAUAGACAAAGUUAAAGAAGACAUGCAAGUCUCACGUAUGCGAAAUAGAAACCAGGGUGGAGGUGAAGGUGGUGGUCGUGGAGGAGCUCGAAACAAAUUCAGAGGUGGACAUCGCGGUGGGGGACCUGGACAGCGCGGCGGUCGCAUUGGUUCCGGCGGCAAUCGUGGCGGUCAUAAGGACAUGUGA